AUGUCGGCGAAUCCACCGAUGCCGCAGCAGCAAGAAACGCUCGACACGAUGUGCUCCGAGAAUCGACGCGGCGAGCUCGUCUGCUUCGGCGAUGGCGCCGAUCCGGAGAAGCAUCGCCUCACGCAUAGCGUGUUCUCGGUGCCGAUCACGUUGGCCAAUCUCGUUCUGUGCUUCGAUCUAUUCUUUCAACUCUUCACCAUUUAUAUGAUAUCGGGCAUGUCGAAAAGGAAGAAGGCUCAAUCUCGCUCCAACAUUCUGCGAGCACGACCUUUGGCUCAUCGUCUUGAGCGAAUGUGGUAUUGCUAUCCCGAAUCGCACAUGUAUGAAUUCUUGAAAUGGCUCUACAACGGUCCGGUGAGCGACUCGCCGAUGCCGAUUCCGUUCCAACCUCAUGCUCUCAUCAAGCACCUCGUGCUCCUCGCCGCCGGUCUUGCUCAAAUCGUCGGACUCGUCAAUCCGAGCGCGCUACUGCUCACAACGAGCUUCAUCAUCAUCCCCAGCUGCUGGUCACCACGAGCUUCAUCAUCCUCCCCAACUGCUGGUCACCACGAGCUUCAUAAUCCUCCCCAGCUACUGCUCACAACGAGCUUCAUCAUCAUCCCCAGCUGCUGGUCCACGAGCUUCAUAAUCCUCCCCAGCUACUGCUCACAACGAGCUUCAUCAUCAUCCCCAGCUGCUGGUCACCACGAGCUUCAUCAUCCUCCCCAACUGCUGGUCACCACGAGCUUCAUAAUCCUCCCCAGCUACUGCUCACAACGAGCUUCAUCAUCAUCCCCAGCUGCUGGUCACCACGAGCUUCAUCAUCCUCCCCAACUGCUGGUCACCACGAGCUUCAUAAUCCUCCCCAGCUACUGCUCACAACGAGCUUCAUCAUCAUCCCCAGCUGCUGGUCACCACGAGCUUCAUAAUCCUCCCCAGCUACUGCUCACAACGAGCUUCAUCAUCAUCCCCAGCUGCUGGUCACCACGAGCUUCAUAA